AUGCCUUGUAGUAGAAGUAGUAGUAGUUCCUUUGAUAAUGUUGAGCGCGGCGUGCUUCGUGGGCCGAGGCCACCGGCUCUCAUGGUGAACAAGAGCUCUGCUAAUUCUACCAAGCAACCUGCAGUCAAAAGAAGCCGCCAUGCCCCAGUGAUUGUGUAUCUGAGGUCGCCCACGGUUAUCCAUGUCAGCCCUGAGGAAUUUAUGGGCCUCGUUCAGCGUCUAACUGGGAAAACUCAUCAAGGGCCAACCCACGCCGCGCUCUCUUCUUCUUCUUCUUCUUCUGCGUUCCGCCAUGGGAGGCCGUGA